AGACCCCCCGUACAACGUACGAGCGAUGACACUGGGGGAAGGGCAAUCUGAUAACGGGAGGAGUAGGUGAUGGAUGGACUUGGGGAAGGGGAGGUACGAAGCGACGAAUUUUCCUGUCACUCAUGGGGAUCCGGGUGUAGCGGACAGUGUCGUGGAUGCGGGGGAAUCGAGGGUGCUCCUGUUGAUGAGGGAGACAGGCGAGAUAGUCGGGGUAGAUGGUCGAGAGGGUGCGAGGGAUAGUAGCGUGGAAAUUCUCGUAAUUUUCACAGACGGGAAUUGUGCCCGAGAUAAUGAAGUAAAUUUCGAUAUUACUAUUAAAUUCCCGCUUGUUCACACUGAAAAGAAGGACAUGGAGAGGAAAGGAGGCGACGAAGGAGUGGGUGGUAGCGUGCGGGACGACAGUGACAAAAAGGCGGGUGGCGUAGAACUGGUGGAAGAGAGAGGGAGGGAAAGGGCACCAUCCAUCAGGGAAUGGGGAUCGGCCCAGGAGUUGGUGAGGGGUGAGGAAGUCAAGGGGACGACGGGAAAACGACCUGGGACGAAGCCCAAUCGCCCAUAUUUCCACGAAGGCAAAGAGUGGCUCGAGAUGGUGGAGAAGACGGAGCCGCGGAUUCACUCCUUCGGUGGCGUCGACUUCCUGAUCCCUCUGCAGCGGCUCUAUCAGAUUCUUCGCGCGGUGGCUCCGGAUUCAGCGAUGGAUCGCCCAGCAGUAACCGUGGUGGCGUCCUUUCAAACUCUUCGACUGUCGUUUGCCCUCCGCUUUCUCCCGCCUCCGCUGCGCUUCAGCUUCCUCUUCCUCUUUGCUUCGCGGGGGACGGCCACUCGGCUCUCUCGAUCCACUUUCCUCUUUCUCCUCCUCUGACCUGAUGUAGUUGGGAUCGUCUCGAUCGGUGCCUGAUUCUUCUUCCUUUGACUUAUCUUCUUCUUCUUCUUCUUCCUCUUCUUCGUCACUGACUCCUAGCGCGUUUACCCGUCGGACAAAAGAGUCCCACAGUGUGAGAUUGGUGACAUCAAUGUCGAGGUAGAGGCUCGGGGACGGGUAAGAGCAGUUAUCCCCGU